AUGCUUUCGGGACAAGUAAGUCGGGUCUUCGCACCUUCCACUCGUGAACGUCCAUCACAGAGUGUCUGAUGCAGCCCUGCGGCUGACCUUUGAAUCCGCGUGCCUCGGUCGCAGCUAUAUCAAUCGGCUCUUGCCUUUGCUCGUAGUGAGCCUGUCUAUGCUGGUAUUGCUGGGCAGAAGUCUGGCAUCUCAGUCACGCAAACAGCGCUCACGUGGUGCUGUUGCAGGCCUUGACCCUGCAGCAUCGUCAUUCACCAUCCAAAAUGACCGGGCGCCCUAUGGCCCCGAGGCGAAUGCGACGUCUUCGCGCAUCAGCACUGGCAUCUUCGCGCAGAAAGUUCCGUUUCCAAAAAGGAUUCUGUACUCGCUGCUGCCCUGGAACGCUUCCCGCCUAACACAGUGGGCCCCCAAGCAGCAUGUGGACGUCAAGGGAACCCAAAUGGCCGCUGCUCAGCUGCUAGUCUGGCAAACUGAGAACGCGGUGGUGAUUAACGAGGUCCAUCGCUCCUCCACCAAUGCAACCACACCAAAACAACAACAGCUUGAUCGCAAGUCGGAGCUAGCAAAAAGAGUCACCGAAAGCUUGGGAGGCGUGUUUGCUGCUGCUUUGUACGCUGCUGAUAUCUCCGCGCAAAGAUGGGCGUGGGUGGUCUUGUGGGUGAGUCGCAAGCGGUGGGUGCCUCCGCUGAACGGUCCGGCUGACUCAUUUCCUAACGACUUUGAACUGAUUCUCACAACGUCUCAGAGCUACAUUGCUCUGCUAGGAACGCUCUCGCUCGCGACGCGACGCGCUCUCUUCGCGCACAAGGGCGUCCCAAUACUCUUGGCAUUCGCAGUCUCUAUCCUCAAUCUGCGUUCAAGAGUUCUUGAUGAAGAGCGCAAAGCUUUGCCGGUGGCGCAAGUGGUGGUCAGCGGACUUCUAGCGCUGCCUACACUGUUUGCUCCACUGCAUGGGAAGCUUCCUCGCAGACUCAAAGCGAUUCAUGCAACCAUGACUGCGCGCAAUGAUUUUGCAGAGCCCGGGACAGCGCUGCCGAGCCCGCGCCUAGACGCUGUGGACGAGAGACCGAUUUCCGGGGUUGACGAGGAAACUCCUCUACUUGCCGCCGCGGCUCCGCAAGGCGGUUUAAGGCACGAACCGCAUGGACCCGAGCUGUCGAACGCUCGUCCAGAGCCUCGAGUGGAAGAUGAUAGACCAAUACCAAGUGCCCCAGCUGAGCCGGCCCCAUCGCCAGAAAAUCGCGCCAGUCUCUACUCUCGCGCCGCGUUUGGCUUCGUCACGCCCUCAAUCGUACGUCACUACAAGGAGCAAUUCACUCCGGAGACUGUCCCGGAUCUUCCUCCCGCCGAUCGUGCCGCAGCUUGCGUGGCAAGCUUCCGCGCUGGCGGCGCACGCGCAGAUGCUGAUGACCAAGAUCACCAACAACUGGCGCCCAGCUCAGCGCCUUUGGUCUGGCGAUUGCUCUCGCAUUUCAAGGGUCAGCUCCUCUUGCAGCAGAUUUUUGCGUUCAUCGCUGCGGUAGCCACCUUGACCCCUCCUAUCGGCCUGCGGCUCAUUCUGAGCUACAUUGCGGAGCGCGAUGCAAGCAAGCGAGGCUCGCAAGAGCCACGAACGAGCUUUCACAUGGCACGUGCGUAUUGGACUUCGCUGCAUCGUUGAGGAGUUACAGGAGCUGACGUAUGCUGGCCCGUCAACAGUCCUGUUCGUGGCCUUUCUCGGUCUUGGACAAGUCACGGCAUGCGUCACCAAUUCGCAGGCUCUGUGGGUCGGGCGCCGCAUCUGCAUUCGCCUCAGAGCCAUUCUCAUCUUUGAAAUCAUCGCCAAGACACUGAGGCGACGAGAGCUAGCUGGGACCCGCAAAGUGGAGGGCGAUGAUGACAAGAAGAACCAAGGCGACGAAAGCAGCGAUGAUGGGAAAGAUCACGAGAACGACUCAAAUGAACCUGCCGAUGCCGGCCAGGUUUCAAAUCUUGUCUCAGUCGAUGUGUUUAAGGUGAGUCGCGCAUUGUACAUACAUUGGUCAGCGAGUAUUCACUGAAACAAGUUGACUACAGGUCAGCGAGAUUGGGGCCUACCUCCACUUCCUUUUCCCGCAAGCACCUAUUGAGCUUGGUUUGGCGUCCUAUCUACUGAUCCGCCUACUGGGUCCAAGUGCAGUCAUUGGUCUUGGCGUUCUGUUGCUUAGUGUACCUCUGCAGACUUUGACAGCACGAUGGUUCACGAGGGUCUCGGACGAGCUCUUGCGCGCAACAGACAAGCGUCUGAACUUGACAACAGAGGUACUCAAUUGUAUGAGGACCAUCAAAAUGUUUCACUGGGAGAGAGCUUUCGAACACAAGCUCAUCGAGACUCGAAAUGCAGAGCUUAGAGUCUUGCUUAGGCGUGCUGUUGCAUGGCUUGCGAGUGCUUUGUCGUAUUUCGGAGCGCCGAUGCUCGUCACGUUGGCCACGUUGACAGUGCACACGCAAGUUUUCCAUAAUCCACUUCCUGCAGAAACGGCCUUCACAGCCCUGGCACUAUUCAACGCUCUUCGGAGUCCCAUCGACACUCUGCCGGACAUGAUCGCCAAUAUCCUCUCUACUUUCGUGUCCUUACGUCGCAUUGACCGAUUCUUGGCGGAGCAGGAGACAAGCAAGUAUGAGCAACUUUCACCUGAAUACGAGGACAAUCCCUCGCAAGACUCUGGAUCUCGGGUCGGAUUCUCGAAGGCGCGCUUCACCUACGACUACGAGGCCGACUUUGACGAGCUUGACGAGGAUGCACCUGUGCCCUUCAGCCUCGAAGUGGAUGUUCAAUUCCCCGAAGCUCUAAGUCUUGUUGUUGGACCUGUGGGGUCGGGCAAGACCACCUUGCUGAUUGCGUUGCUCGGAGAGUGUCGACAGCUGAGUGGAAGGGUCUACUGCCCUUGUCCUGUUGCCCGCGCUCUGGUGCGGCCCGACCCUCGAACCGGUCUCAGCGAGACCGUGGCGUACUGCCCGCAGACUCCCUGGCUUAUAGGAACAACUGUGAGAGAGAAUAUCCUCUUUGGGAACAAGUUCAACGAUCAGAGAUACGAAGCAGUCUUGAAAGCUUGCGCGCUCGAGGCAGAUCUCAAAGUCCUGGAGUACCACGACCUGACCGAAUGCGGCGAGCGUGGCGUGGUGAGUCAUGGCGUUCUGUACAGCAUCCUCUGUAUCUCGACGCUUAUCCCGCCCUUCCUUGAAACCUAUGAAGGCUCUCUCCGGAGGGCAAAAAGCCAGAAUCGUAAGUAGAGGCAGAGAGAAGCUUUAGCUGACGUCGAAUUAACAAAGCUGGGCGCUGAGACUCCCCGCAUUCGACCAGGCGCUUGCUCGAGCACUCUACUCCGACGCUCGAUAUGUCCUGAUCGAUGACGCACUCUCAGCUGUUGACGCACAUACCGCCAAAUUCCUUUAUCUUCACUGUUUGAAGGGGCCACUCAUGCAGGGUCGAACUGUCAUCGUGAGUGAUGACCUCGAGUCGCAGAGACAGACUGGUGUUUGCUGACUCCUCACCUGGCCCCUCCUGUUGAAGAUGGUCACGCACGCUGUCGCUUUGUGCUUGCCUGGCGCAUCGUUUGUCGUUGCCCUUGAAAACGGCCGCGUCCAAGCAGCGGGGAGCCCCGCGGAAGUGCGCGCUUCGGGCGCAUUAGACGACGAGAUCUCGAGCGGGGGAGAGGCAGCGACUGAAGAAGGCGAGAAGGAGCAAACGAUCGAGGAGCUCGAUGAGGGCGUCCGUGCCGCAGAGCGUGCUGAGAUCAAGAAGAAGCAGGCGAUGAAGAAAUCACACGUCAAUGAAGAGACGUACGCCAAAGGAAGCAUCGGCUUGGGAUCUUACAAACUUUACUUGCGUUCCUUUGCAAAGACUUUGACAGGGUGAGUGUCCAGAUUUGAGGCCGUCGUUCAAGACUUCGUUUAAGCUGACAAUUCCUUCCUUGCUCUAGUCUCGCCCUUUUUUGGAUUGUCACGAUCGUCGUCUUUGUCACGGUUAGGGCGACAGAUGUCGGUGCCGCAGCGUGGCUACGUCGAUGGGCAGCGCUAUACAGCGGAGGCCAGACAGAGGCCAAGAGCUCUGUGACUGCUGCAUCUGCGACCCCUUGGCAUAGUUUCUACUCGGCUCAACCGCUCAUGUUGCCUCCGAUUAAAGCCCUUCAGAAUGCCGCGAGUGCAGCAAUGCAGCUACCUAGCUUGAACGCCACACGAGCUCACACCGCGCCAGAAACGACAGCAUUGUCGCAACCAUCGCAAGAUCUAACAACAUACUAUCUCAGCAUCUACGCGAUUUUGAUUGGGUUGUAUAUCCUGCUCUGUCUCGUCAGAGAUGCCUUAAGCCAGUUGGGAGCGCUGGCAGCGUCUCGCGAGCUCCAUCAGCGCUUGCUCUCCGCGAUCCUCGCGGCUCCUCUUCAAUUUUUUGACAAGACACCUGUAGGAAGGAUUGUCAAUCGUUUUUCAAAAGACAUUGAGACCAUCGACCAGGAAGUCGCCAGCACGCUGUGCUUCUUCGUCGACGUCGUAUUGCAGGGCACCACAAUCCUCGUGGUCGCCGUCUUUGCAGUUCCAGCUUUCAUCGGCGCUGCUGCCCUAGUCGUCGCCACAACCUACUUCAUCGGCAGGCUCUACUUGACACCUUCUCGCGACCUGAAGCGUCUCGAGUCCAUCUCCAGGUCUCCAAUCUUUACCUUGGUCGGCGAGGUGCUCUCUGGUGCCGUCGUCAUUCGAGCGUGGGGAGAUGCGACUAGAUUUACCCGCCACUGCUUGAGGCUUGUAGACAAGGUGAGCAACACAGCCAUUGGAUUCAUCGACAGGGUCGUUGACGAUGGCUACGUUUUUUGUUGCUAGACAAACCGUCCUUUCUUCUUCCUAUGGUUGUGUAACCGCUGGCUCGCUGUCAGAGUUGACACAAUGUCUGCGGUAGUGACCGUCGGCAUUGCCGCUUUCCUUGUUGCCAACGAGCGAGUAGACGCAGCUCUGGCUGGCUUCACCCUUAGUUUCAGUAUUCAAGUGAGUCCUGCUGCGAUUCAUUUUGCCAGCGCGCUUCACCUAGCUCACGCUUGCGCUUCUUCGACAGCUUGUCGACGCAGUGCUUUGGAUCUUGCGCAUGGCUGUCGCAGCCGAGAUCGAAGCCAAUUCUGUUGAGCGGCUGGAAGAGUACAUGAAGCUGGCGCCAGAGGAGCCUGCUGGCGCAGGUUGGGAACCUCCAGCUGCGUGGCCUACAGACAGCGCUCAAAUCGUUAUCGAGAAUCUCUGCGCUCGAUACGCGCCUGAGCUUAAGCGCGUUCUUGACGGUGUUUCUUUCCAAGUGAGGGCUGGAGAGAAAAUUGGGAUCGUGGGGCGCACAGGAUCAGGCAAGAGCACCCUCAUUCUGGCUCUUCUACGAUUCCUGGAACGCGAAAGGGGUAGCAUCACUAUCGAGGGCAUCGAUGUAAGCGACGUGCCACUCGCCACUCUACGUGAUCGCCUAACGGUGAUCCCGCAAGACGCACAGCUCAUCAGCGGUACCGUCCGCUUCAACCUCGACCCGAUGAAUCGCUGCGAUGACGCCGAGAUAUGGGCGGCACUGGAGCGCUGUCAAUUGGCACCUCGCAAUACCCCUGCUGCGUCAAGAGCUGCAAGUCGCGCGGCGAGUAGGGCAGCAAGCCGUGCAGCAUCGCCAGUGCGCGAGCCAGAGGAUGGCGCGUCAGAGGACGGCGCCUCGACCACGGUGGUGACCAGUCUGGACAUGAAGGUCAGCCAGGGAACCCUUAGUGCUGGUCAAAGACAGCUCAUGGCGCUGGCUCGCGGGCUGCUCAAACUUCGUGACUCGCCGAUCCUGUUCUUGGACGAAUCGACAGCAAGUCUAGACGCUGCUUCGGAUGCUGCUUUCCAGCGUACGAUUCGCGAAGAGCAGGCGAGCCGGCGCCUUACAGUGCUGACUGUGGCUCAUAGGCUCAAGACCAUCAUAGACUACUCCAAGGUGUUGGUCCUCGCCAAUGGCAAAGUCUUGGAGUUCGAUACCCCUGCGAAUUUGCUGCGCAACGAGCACUCAGAGUUUAGAGCGCUGUGCGAGAGGUCCGGAGAGAUGGAUCUCUUGAGAGACAUGGCCUUCAACGCGGAGCGAGAAGCGACUGCUAAAACUACUUAG